ACUCCUCCUCUCGGCUCCUCUCCAGCCUCAGCAGGCAGACGGAAACGCUCCGCAGCGUCGCGGCUCGGUUCUCCUCUCUGUCCGCUCUCCAGGCCUCCGGACCGGCUCGCUCUCAGCCCGCAGUCCGGCGGCGGACCCUCGUCCUCCGGGACAGACAGCUGCGGCUCAGCCUGACCCUUUCCGGAUCUCCUCCUCUGCCCCUCCGCGGUGGAAAACCCCGGACGGAGGCCCGAGGUGUGCGCUCCUCCUCCCGCAGGCCCUCGGCCCGGACCCCCGCGAAAUGGACGGACUCACCGGCAGUUUGGAUGACAGCAUGUCGGCGACGAGCGUCUCGGACGUCAACGACCGCCUGUCGGCGCUGGAGCUGCGCGUCCAGCAGCAGGAAGACGAGCUGACGGUGAUGAAGGCGGCGCUGGCCGACGUGCUCCGUCGCCUCUCUGCAUCCGAGGACUCUGCAGCGAGCAAGAAGCAGCACGCAGCGAAAGGUGGCGCCGCCAUGCGUGAAGCCUACUCCAUGUCCUGCAUCUCUAACGGAGGAACGCCUGGACGGAAGAGAGACUCCGCCUCUGUCACCAGGAAGGAGACGAUGUCGUCCGCCGCCAAGAGCGGCCCAGAGAAGAAGAAGGAGGUGGUCAGCCAUCGCUCUCACAUGGAGGAGAUCCAGGAGCACCAGGAGGUGUCCCCCACAAAGGACCCCUCCCCUGUUCCACCCCACCCCUCCCACAGAGCUUCCCCCCACUCUGAGAGCAGCAGAGGCCACGCCCCUCCUAAAAGGGGUCCCAGCGUGAAGCGGUCUUCAGGGAUGGAACGUUCUCAGAGCAGCACCUGGGAUUCCUCAGACAGGAACAAGAACAAGCUUGUGAAGGCUGCGUCCACCUCCAAGCUGCUGGCUAAAGCUGUGAAGAACGCUGACAAACACAAAGAUCCGGUCGUCAGCCAAGCCAAAAUGUCGACCAGAGAGAAAAACAGCCUAGCUGAGGGAAACGCCAUCAAGAUGUUCAUGCGUGGUAGACCAAUCACCAUGUUCAUCCCUUCAGACGUGGAGAACUACGACGACGUUCGGACCGAACUUCCUCCAGAACGGCUCAAGCUGGAAUGGGUGUACGGUUACCGUGGCAGGGACUGCCGGGCCAAUGUCUACUUGCUUCCAACUGGAGAGAUUGUUUACUUCAUUGCGUCUGUGGCGGUUCUCUUCAACUACGAGGAGCGCACUCAGAGACAUUACCUGGGACACACGGACUGCAUCAAAUGUCUGGCCAUCCAUCCAGAUAAGAUCAGAAUCGCGACCGGACAGAUCGCCGGAGUGGACAAAGACGGACGUGCACUGCAGCCUCACGUCCGGGUCUGGGACAGCGUCAGCCUGUCCACCCUGCAGGUCAUUGGUCUGGGAACCUUUGAAAGGGGUGUCGGGUCUCUGGCCUUCUCCAAAGCUGACUCUGGUCAGCACCUGGGUGUUAUCGACGACUGCAACGACCACAUGUUGACCGUCUGGGAAUGGCAGAAGAAGUCAAAGAUAGCAGAAAUCAAGACUACCACUGAUGUGGUUCUGGCCGUGGAGUUCCACCCCACCGACCCGGCCACCAUCGUCACUUGUGGAAAGUUCCACAUCUUCUUCUGGAGUUGGAACGGGACCUCGCUGCUCCGGAAGCAGGGGCUGUUUGGGAACCACGACAGGCCCAAGUUCAUCCAAUGUCUGACGUUCCGGGCCAACGGAGAUAUCCUGACCGGAGACUCUGCUGGACAGCUCCUGGUUUGGACCAGAACCCUUGCCGAGGCACCUCCUGGGAAGGGACCGCAAGCGUUCCACAUGAGGACAGACCUCGGGCCCCUGGAGGCCCAUGAGAAAGGCGUGUUCUGCAUGUGUGAGCUGAGGAGCGGCUGUCUGCUGACUGGAGGAGCCAAGGACCGCAGAGUCGUCUUGUGGGACCACCAGCUGCACCUGGACCGCGACUUGGAGGUCCCGGAUCAGUACGGCCACAUCAGAGCGCUGGCAGAGGGAAAGGGUGAUGAGUUCCUGGUCGGGACGUCCCGUAACUUCAUCCUGAGAGGAACCUUCAACGAUGGCUUCCAGGUGGAGGUCCAGGGUCAUACCGAUGAGCUGUGGGGUCUGGCCACCCAUCCAUCCAGGGAACUGUUCCUGACCUGCGCUCAGGACCAGCUGGUCUGCCUCUGGAACUCGGUGGAUCACAGCCUACAGUGGAGCCGCAGCCUAGAGGAACAUGGACACUGUGCGGAGUUCCAUCCCAGUGGAUCAGUGGUGGUCAUUGGAACACACUCUGGGAAGUGGUUUGUUCUGGAUGCUGAGACCUCCGAUCUAGUUGGGAUCCACACAGACGGGAACGAGCAGCUGUCAGUCCUGCGUUUCUCAGUUGAUGGCAGCAUGCUGGCUGUGGGAUCUCAUGAUAACUUUAUUUACCUCUACAACGUCUCGGAUCGAGGACGGAAGUACAGCCGCUAUGGGAAGUGCACGGGACAUUCCAGCUACAUCACACACCUGGACUGGUCUCCUGACAACAAGUUCAUCAUGUCCAACUCUGGAGACUACGAGAUCCUGUACUGGGACAUCCCGAGCGGCUGCCAGCUGAUCCGGAACCGCUCCGAGUGUAAGGACAUCGACUGGGCCACCUACACGUGUGUCCUGGGGUACCACGUCUUUGGUGUUUGGCCCGAAGGUUCUGACGGCACCGACAUCAACGCUCUGAUGAGGUCCCACAACAGGAAGGUGAUCGCUCUGGCGGAUGACUUCUGUAAGGUCCACCUGUUCGCCUACCCCUGCUCCAGAUUCAAGGCUCCCAGCCAUAAGUACAGCGCCCACAGCAGCCAUGUGACCAACGUCAGCUUCCUGUACAGCGAUAGCCACCUGAUCUCCACGGGGGGGAAGGACACCAGCAUCAUGCAGUGGCGUCUGGUCAGGAAGUCCUCCCUGUCCCUCUCAGACGGCAUCAUCUCCAAGUCCGCCCCCCGCAGGGUUGACCCAGUGUUGGCCACGCCUCCUACGGUGGCCGCCUCUCCUACAGUGGCCACACCUCCUCUGCCAGAAGCCGCUCCGGUCCAGGAACCGUCUAAUCAUGUCUCCCCGCUGGCUGAAGUAGCUCCGCCCACCUCAGAGUCCACCCCGCCCCCCUCAGACAGCACGAUGAGCCUGAAGGACAGCCUGGAGACGAGCGACGACACGGCCACGCCCAGCGACGAGGGCCUGCCCCCCCUCACCCCGUCCUCCUAGAGAGGCGGCUUCUCCUCCUCCAGGUGCUGCUUCCUCUGGACUCUGGGUGGAGGAGACGACCUCAGAACGCCCGCUAAGACUCAGAACCACCUCAGGAAGUGUGGAUCUCUGGUCCAUCUGAACCCACAGCUUCCAGGUCAGUAACUAUCCACGUGGCGUCAGCGGCGAGCUGCCAGGAGCUGCUCUCCUCCGAUCACAGCCGCUCCGUGUUCCAGCGCUGUCUGCAGGGGGCGGGGCCUCCCACACCUGUCCCCCUCUGAAAGCUGGAGGCGGCAUAGGAACUGUCCUGAUCCUGUCUGCCACAGGGGGCAGCAGCGAUCUUUCUUCACUUUUUGUAGAACAAACUGGGGCCGUUUUCCUGCGACCUGAGGGCUUCAUCCUGGGUUUCUGGAGACGUUGGAGGUUUCAGUUUGAGGGGAAACCUUGACAUUUAGUUGGAAAUCGGCUAAAAGCAAAUGCUUUAUGCUCAAACUCUUCAGUCAGAGUAAGACAGGUGUUCAAAA